AUGAACACGGUAACAUACGGAACAGCAGCAGCUCCGUACCUUGCUACUCGCGCAAUCGUGCAACUCGCCAAAGACGAACAGGAUAAGUUCCCGGCGGCAAGCGAUGCGGUACUGAAAUCGUUCUAUAUAGACGAUGUUCUUGACGGCGCAGAUACACUACAGAAUGCUCAACAGUUGCAACGCGAUUUGGUAGCUCUACUUGCCAGAGGAGGCUUUGAACUGCAUAAGUGGUGUGCAAACAACAUUACACUUCUCGAAGACAUACCGGCACACGCACACGAAAAGCAGCUGAAAUUCGAUGAAAGCGGUGUAAUCAAGACCCUAGGUAUCUUGUGGGACCCAACUGCGGACGCCUUCAUGUUCCGAGUGAAGCCAGUUGAUGAGAAUACAUCUAAACCAACGAAGCGAUUAGUGCUGUCCGAGACAGCCAAGUUGUUCGACCCGCUAGGUUUCCUGGCGCCGACUGUUAUAAUUGCAAAGAUGAUAAUGCAGCGGUUGUGGAGCGAGAAGACGAAUUGGGAUGAUCCACUGCCUGCAGAUCAGUUACAUAGCUGGAUGAGGUUGCGUUCGGAGCUUUGCAGCAUCAGUUCAUUCAAAAUCGACCGAAGGCUAACGGCGGAUGACGUGGUGACACAGGAGCUCCACGGAUUUGCCGAUGCGUCUAUGCUGGCGUACGGCUGCUGCAUUUAUUUGCGAAGCGUGACAAUGGAUGGAAGCGUGAAAGUGUGCCUGAUUUGUGCCAAGUCAAAGGUGGCACCCAUGAAGGAACAGAAGCGUGUUGAGAACCUUGGAGCCGAAAUAGAAGAAAUUACUAUCCCGAGACUUGAAUUGUGCGCGGCUCUUCUUUUGGCAGAACAAAUGAAAAAUGUGCGCGAAGCUCUAGCAUUUGACACCGAAAAGGUUGUGCUACGGGCCGUCUCGAAAAUAGUGUUAUGUUGA